AUAGCGCCAUCCAGUUCGGUUCAUUUCCGGGUUUACAGCACAUGGAGGUGCCGGGACCACCGUUCGCACCCCCCCAAGGCCUCCCGGGCUACACGGGGCCAAUCCCCACGCCCUACUACCAGGGAGCGCAGCAGCCUCCCCAGCAGCAGCACGGCCCGCCACCGCCCCGGCCGUCAACGAGCAGGAGGGGUCUCGGCGGGCCGAAGCAUCAGCGUCCACCGGCAUCUGGGCCGCCGGCUAGCGGACAGGGACAGGCGUACACCGGACAGAUGGGUGGGGCACCGCCCCAAGGGCCAGGAGGCGCCUACUACCCCUACAGCGGGAUGCCGUAUCCGCCUGUGGGGUAUGUUGAGCAGGGGCAGGGGUGGCCGGGGUGGGGAGGAGAGAGGGCCAGCAGCCGGAUCCCGUUUGAAGGGCAGGGCCCCCCGGCGGCGCGGAGCGGCUCGUCGGCCGCCAGCGACCAGGAGCAGCCGUGGUCGCCGUCGUCUAGCGCGUCCGGGGCGUCACACAAUCCCAGGGAGAAGAAGGCCAUCCCGCUGAUCGACCCGCGGAGCAACAAGGCGAUAACGGGCGAUAAGGGAGUCGACGCCAGGGGCAACAAGACGAGCGCGGGCGAGAAGGGCGAGUCCACCACUGAGAAGCUCUCUUACAGGGAUGCUUUUGGCCGGAAGACCAAAUCGGCUGCUCCUCAUCCUGCUGAAGCGAUGUCCCAGGACAAGUCUGGAGGGCAAAAGCUCGGCAGAUCACACAGCGGCGAGGUGAGGGUGAUACACACCAGCAAGCCGGGAUUGUCCAGAGGAGGUUCGAUGACUCCGCCACAGCACAGUGCCCAUGGAGGCAGGAUGCUGCACCCCACAGCACGAGGACAGGGCAGCACGCCCAGUGCUGCGCCUGCACAGGCAUCCGUCUUGCACAGGACUGCAACACCGGCUGCAAGGCCACCCCCGCCAGACCACAAGUCUGGACAAUCAGGCCUUCACAAGGUGCCUGUGCCUGAGGCUGCCAGGACCGUCAAGAAGUCCAGACCGCUGGGUGUGGUUUCCACAUCUUUUGUGCACACACCAGUAGGCCCUGCCAAGAAUGUUGGCCCAUCCCAGGAAGCUGGAGGAGGCAGGGCCCUUUCCGGAGCGGUGGAUGGAAAAGGGGUUGAGGCAAGUCUGGUUCAAGAGAAGCCUGAAAUGGCAGACAAGCUGCCUGUCAGCAAGUCGCAGGAGGUGAAAUCUGGACAGGCUGAGACCCCAAAGAAGCAAGACGCCACGUUGGAGAACGGGCUUCAUGUGGGGAAGCCGGAUGAGUGCCAUCCCCGUUCGUUGCCUGACAAGAGCGGCGCUCCCGCCAAAGAGGAAUCCGAUGUUGCAAAGCCCAAAUGGGGUUUGUCGAAGAAGGGCUGGUCUGCUAUUCAGCAGAAGCCUUCGGUCAAGGUUCUUCAGCCUCAUGCUGCAGCCCAGCCGCAGCAAGGUCGCCAGGCGACCCGGGCUUCUCCCGUGCAGCGGGCUGCUGAGGCUUCAAAGAGUGCUCAAAAGGUAUCCCGGGCAGGGGAGCCCGCUUCAGUGUCGACGGCUCCUCCUGUGCAGCCGGCCCCUCCCUUGCUACAGGCUGUGGAGGCUGCAAAGAAGGAUGCGAAAGAGCCUCAGGCAGGGGAGCCCGCUUCAGCUUCAAAGGCCCAGCAGGUGCAGCGGGCCCCUCCGGCUGCAGAGUCUGCACUGGCGCCAAAAUCCCCGGAAGCAACGGAGACUGCUGUUCCUGCCCCAGGGCCAAAGUCGAUUGAAGCACAGGAGUCUGCUGCGCGCGCUCCAGUGCCCGAAGCACAGGAGACAGGUGGCUCUGCUCAAACUCCAAACUUGCUCGAAGCAGGGGAGACUGCUGCGUCGGAUCCGUCGACGAAGUCCCCUGAAGCGCAAGAGGCUGCCGUGCCUGCUUCAAAUUCAAAGUCGUUCGAGGUACACGAGGCUGCUGAGGCUGCGACGUCGCCUGAUGCCCAACCGUCGGUCGCGCCGGCCGUUCCUGUCGAGACAAUCACGGCGCCGCCAAAGCCUCCCGCGGACGACGAAGUCGACAAGGCCUCUCAGCCCUCUGCACCCGGUGAGCAGCGCGGCGACAGAAUCCCAGCGCCCGAGAUGCCGGAGGCGGUCGUGAUUUCGAGCUCGAGGUUCGUGGCAGCUGACAACGGUACCGCUGACCCAGCGGCUGCAACCAGCGCGGAGGCGACACUCGAUCAAGAUGAGCCGUCUACGAGGCGAGAUGAGGUCCAGGGGAAUCCCGACACGGCAGAGGCGACCGAAGGGAUCGCAACCCCGCCCGCCAUCAAUUCAUCCAGUCCAGCGACGGAAGAGGCGACCGGGGUCGUCGUCGUUGCCCCGGCCGCCGUGACGCCUCCUGGGCCGCCCGACGUCAAUCCAUCCGGUCCAGCGACGGCAGAGGCGGUCGGGGACUCCGGCGUCGUUGCCCCGGCCGCCGUGACGCCUCCUGGGCCGCCCACCGUCAAACCAUCCAUUCCAGCGACGGCAGAGGCGAUUGGGGUCGUCGUUGAUCCUGUCGCCGUGACGCCUCCUGGGCCACCCACCGUCACGCCAUUCGGUCCAGCGACGGCAGAGGCGAUCGGGGUCGACGUUGAUCCUGUCGCCGUGGCGCCUCCUGGGCCGGAGACUGCGGAAGAUGAAGGGCGCGUUGCUGCGAAGCUUGCUGUCGAUUGCGCGACCGCGGUGCCCAGCGACGGCGGGGCUGCGCCACCGGUCGCCGUGAAGCCUGCCGAUGGUUCCCCUGGACCAGAGUUCCCGAAGGUCGCUGCUGCGCUGGCGUCUCCAGAGGGAUCCAAACCGAGCAUUUCGGGGACGGGGGACCUAAAGGCCAGCGAGGAGAACGAGAGGUCCCCAGUUGGCCCGACCUCCAGGAGGUAUUACAGCAUGGAUGCACUGAAGGGUCUGCGGGCUGCGAACUUCAGAACCCCUGACAGCUUUGACAAGGGACCUUGGAGUCGUGGAGACGAGGGCUUGCUCCCACCGAGGCGGUCGGGAUCACUGAAGGCAGUGGCCAGAUCACACAGCUUCAAUUCCAAUUCUGGUGAUCAGCUGAAGAGGGAUUGGCGGGGUAUCCUUGGGCCACCGAGGACAAGGAGUAGCCUCAAGAUUGACGAUGCUGAGAUCGAUCACAAGAGGUCUGGAAAGAGGGUGUACGUUUUCGAUUUCUUGCUGAAACUGAAGCCCUCUCUGUUAGACAAGCCGUCAGAAAUUGCUGUGGGCCCAUUCUUGAGGGAUGCCAUUGCACCUACGAGGAGUAUGCGCGGCACCGACCGGUGGGCUUCAAGAGGGUCCAGAGACUCAGUUGGUGAUCGAGAUCGUGAGAGGGAUAGAAGAGACAGGGAUCAUGACCGCGAUCUUCCCUCGAGGUCCACUGGAGGCCUGUGGACAAAGGAUCCAGCUCAAGGUCGUAGUGGCAGUUCGAGGAGCUACCGUAGCAGGGCUGGAUGCGACAGGGGCAAGGGCAUUGAAGACGAUAGAUGGGGGAAGGCCCCACUGCCUCAGUCGCCAUUUAGUGCACCAGAGAGUCAGCUUCAUAGGGCGGAAAAUAGAUACGUUGUCGGGAAAAGCACAAGUGAAGACCCUGAAGAGGAGAAGCGACAGAAAUCCUUCAAAUCGAUAUUGAACAAGCUCACUCCAGAUAAUUUCCAGAAGAUGUUCAAUAAGAUGAAGGACGUCGAAAUUGGUUCUGCACAAACGUUAACUGGUCUUAUUGACCAAAUCUUCGACAAAGCAUUGAUCGAGACAACGUUUUGUGCAUUGUACGCCUCUUUGUGUAAGUUGUUGAGCACCGAAAUGCCGGAGUUUACGGUGGAGGGCGACCCACGGAAGGUCACGUUCAGGAGACUCCUACUCAACAAGUGCCAGGCCGAGUUCGAAAAGGGUGAUGCGGCUAUGAGGGCCGCUGAACAAGCCUCCGAAUUGGGUACUGAGGAAAGUGCAAGAAUCCUUAUCCAGGCGAAGAAGGAACGAAUGCGGUCUCUGGGAAAUAUGCAGUUCAUAGGCCAUCUUUUCAAAGAAGGAAUGCUGACAGAGAAGAUCAUCCAUCAGUGUAUUGUGGAGCUGCUUCGUGAAGAGAAGAGCCCCAAGCCUGAGGACAUCGAGUGCCUCUGCAAGCUGGUGGCCACCGUGGGGCGGCGGCUCACCCAGCGGUCAGAACUAAAGGCGUACUUCCUCAGGGUGGCCAGGCUGGCAGAGAAUCAGAACCUUGAUGUCAGGCACAGAUUCAUGCUCCUGGACCUGAUUGAGAUGAAGGACCGCGGCUGGGUGGAGCGCCGCAAGCAGGAGGGCCCAAAGACGAUCGAGGAAAUCCACAAGGAGGCGGCCAGGGAGCAGCAGAGCAUCCGUGAAAGGGGACGUGGUGGCGGGGGCGGGCAUUGGGGCGGCUCCCGGUCUGCUCGGCACCUGGAGGAUAGGAUCGGAGGUGGCAUGUGGGGCAGGAAUGGGCCUCCCCCGUCUCAGGGCCGGCCUGGGCCCACCCCUUCCCCAACCCCUCCGCUCAUGCGUGGUGAGGAGGUUCGACCCCUGACCAGGAUCAAGUCCCUCGGCCGGACUGACUCACAGGAGAUCUCUCUGCGGCCUGCGGGCCGCCUGCAGCAGCAAGAGUCGCCAGGCCUCCAACGGGGGCCCAUCUCCCCACCGAAGGAGCCUGCCCGAGAGAGGCCCGUGCUCAACUUGGCGCCGCCCUCGCGAAAGGCCGUGGCACAGGAGAGCAGCCCACUAGAGGAAGCCCCAGAGGCUAUGACAGAGGAGCUCCUUGGGCGCAAGGUGAAGGGUCUCUUAGAGGAAUACUACAACGACAUGGACAACAUGGAGGAGCCGGUGAAGUGCGUGGAGGAGUUAAAGUCCGCCGGGGCGCAGACUCCAGAGAUCCUGUCGACGUCGGUUCAACAAGCACUGAAUAUCAGGGGCAUGGAUGCCGCCAAGAGGUUACUCCCGCUCGCCGACCUCAUGAUCGCCCUGUGCCAGGGCCACCCUGAGGGGUCAACCCCUGUGGUCAGUCCGUCCGACAUGGAGAAGGGCGUGGAGGGGAUUCUGGAGAAGAUUCCGGAUGUGGCGGAGGACUUCCCCAACGCCCCUAGGCUGAUCGGAAGGUUGCUUGGGAUCUUAGUGUCCCAGGAUAUUGUCAGCCUGGAGAAGAUGGGCUCCAUGGUUUUGGCUGGGGGCGGACCAGGCGAGGACUCGCCGUUGGUGGACAGUGGUGCAGGGAGCACGGUGAUUCUUGAGGUGCUGAAGGAAUUGAAGGACGGCAAAGAGGCGGACGAAUUGGAGAGCGUGAAGCGCUGGCUGGCGUCCGUCUCCAUUGCCGAUUACUACGCCUCGUACGAGAGGGAGGCAGUGAAGCAGGAGGACGUUCUUGCUUUUCUGGAUGACUAG